AGCGUCUUUCGGUCGCACUUCCGGGUUGGUUUGUUGUGUUUUCUGUAUCGAUCAUGGCUGCGGAGGGCGAUUUCCUAGCGAGAUACCGUGCUGUGUCAAAUAAACUGAAGAAACGUUUUCUACGGAAGCCAAAUGUGGCGGAGGCGAGUGAGCAGUUUGGUCAGCUAGCCAAGGAGCUGAAGCAGCAGGACUGCCUUCAGUAUGCUGCCUUCUGUAACCUCGCCAUGGCUCGGUGUGAGCAGACGCUGUUCAACGCUCCUGGAGAGGCUCUGGCAUUAACGGACGCUGCCCGCCUUUUCCUCUUAUCCGAGAAGGAGAACAGGGCGCUGCAGGCUCCAGGAUUCGAUGAGCAUCUUCAGGCUGCGCUCAACUGCUACAGCUUUGCCAUCAAGGUUUACAUCGAGAUGAACCAGCCUGUGAUGGCAGCCAGCUUAUGUCUAGAACUUGGCAACGCGCUCAAGGAGAUGAACAGACCAGAAGCUAUCGUUCAUUACCAGAGGGCUGCAGAGUUACAGACACAGACUCCGAUAGAAGCUCUGCUGUCAAUGGGAGAAAUGGCCACAUGCAAAAUUUUCACCCGCGACUACGACGGUGCGUUGUCAGUGUUCACAGAGAUGCAGCUCAUGUGUCAGGAGAGAGGACUGCAGCUACCGGGCACCAGCACACCUGUUGGAGCUUUUCUGGACAUUGUGGCAAAAUGUGAGAUCUCCAGAGUCUUGCUGCUGAUGUUGCUUGAGCCUCCGCCUCAGAAGCUGUUACCAGAACAUGCUCAGACCCUGGAGCGAUACGCAUGGGAGUCUUUUGACCCUCACAGCCAAGUGACCUUCCUGCCUGAGAAUGUUUUCCUGCUCCUGCAGUCAGUCGUGAUGGCGUGUCAGGAGAAAGACACAGAGUCCCUCAAGUCUCUCCAGACUGAGCUAUGGCCGUUUCUUACUGCGGAGCAGAAUCACCUUCUCCACCUGGUGGUUCAGGAGCGCAUCACACCGUCUGGGCAAGGCAUCUAGUACAGUCCAGUUUUGACUCACUUCCUCUGGGAGCGAUACUUUAUGUGGUGGAACAUUCCUGUUUCUGACUGGGUCUGUUGUAAGGCCUGAAGAAGUGUUGUUCUCCAAACCGCUCUGUUGUCGCCUGCACUAAGAAACACACACGGCCAACUUUGCUCUUAUCAGGCAGAGUCGUGAAGAUGAAACAAAGUAUGAAUGUUCAAUUAGACCUUUAGAACUGUUAUGUUUUAUUUUAGUAUCCUGAUCAGACUUUUAUUGAAAUGUGAACUCUAAAUGUAAACACAUUGUUGAGCUGCUGUGUGCACCUGACUCCCCCCCUCCCCUCCCCCGUUCACACCUAUUUAUGAUGUAAUAGUUCAUUAAACACACGAGCUCUGUGA